ACCGAUCAUGGGUGACUGGAGCUUUCUGGGUAAUAUUUUAGAGGAAGUUAACGAGCACUCUACGGUGAUCGGCCGGGUGUGGCUCACGGUGCUCUUCAUCUUCCGUAUCCUCAUCCUGGGCACAGCGGCAGAGUUUGUGUGGGGCGAUGAGCAGUCUGAUUAUGUCUGCAACACACAGCAGCCCGGAUGUGAGAAUGUGUGCUAUGACGAGGCCUUCCCCAUCUCCCACAUCCGCCUGUGGGUGCUGCAAAUCAUUUUUGUGUCCACGCCAUCUCUAGUGUACGUGGGCCAUGCUGUCCACCAUGUCCACAUGGAGGAGAAACGGAAAGAGCGGGAGGAGGCAGAACUUAGCCGGCAACAGGAGCUGAGUGAAGAGCGUCUCCCUCUGGCACCUGACCAGGGAAGUGUUCGCACCACUAAGGAGACCAGCACAAAAGGAAGCAAGAAGUUCAGGCUGGAAGGCACCCUGUUGAGGACCUACAUCUGCCACAUCAUCUUCAAGACACUGUUUGAAGUGGGCUUUGUGGUCGGCCAGUACUUUCUGUAUGGCUUCCGCAUCUUGCCGUUAUAUAAAUGCAGCCGCUGGCCCUGCCCCAACACGGUGGACUGCUUUGUGUCUCGCCCCACAGAGAAGACUGUCUUUAUCAUCUUCAUGUUGGCUGUGGCCUGUGUCUCACUGUUCCUAAACUUUGUGGAAAUCAGCCACUUGGGCCUGAAGAAGAUUCGCUUUGUCUUUCGAAAGCCAGCCCCGGCUCCAGGUCCAUCCCAAGGCGAGGGGUCGGCCCCACUGCCGCCACAAGGGAAGAGCCUGCCCCCCUUGGCUGUUCCCUCUCUGCAAAGAGUGAAAGGUUACAGGCUCCUGGAGGAGGAGAAAGCUCCCCCUGUAACUCACCUCUACCCACUUGCUGAGGUGGGCAUGGAGGCUGGCAGAGGGGCCCCACCCUUCCCGGGGUUGGAUGAGAAAGUGGAGGAAGUGCUGCCCAUGGAGGACAUCACUAAGGUGUAUGAUGAGACUCUGCCCUCCUAUGCCCAGACCACUGAGACAGGAGGGGUGACAUUACACGAGGAGGAAGCCGAAGAGGUGCAGCCACCAGAGGUGGAAGCAGAGAGGGUGGAGUUGGCUGCAGAAGAGGAUAUCGAGGUAGAAGAGGUGGUGAAUGGGGAGGGGGCAACUCCAGCAGAGGCAGGAACGGAGGCCGCAGAAACGAUAGAAGACAACAGGCCGCUGAGCCGACUGAGCAAAGCCAGCAGCAGGGCCAGGUCAGACGACCUCACCGUAUGAACCUGUGAGACACCUGCACACACAAAAAUGUUCAAUGUGAAAGAGAGCACACACACCUAUCUCAAGACAAUGCACACUCUUGAACAGGCAGGCCAGAAACCAAAUGUAUGAAAAACAUAAUCAACAGGAACAGGCUAAAAUCUUUAAG